CCUUGUCUGUCCCCAUCCACACGACACCCGAACCAAAACGAGCAAGGAGGCUGCAUGAUAUCGAUGGCCACUUUUUGCCGUUGGAAUGCAAGAAACGUGGAAAUGCGAGCGGCUACACGGCAGCGCCAGGGCAGCCACCCCAGCCCAGCACCCGUUAGCCGCAUACACACAAAUACAACAACCUGAGUGACCCCGAAACAUUCCUCACUUUUUCUCCCUCCUUUCGACAGCGUCCAUGUCACCGUCAUUGUCAUCGUCAAUGUCAAUGUCGCCUCCUUCGAACAGCUGGUGCAGUCUCGCCAAGCUCGACCGCGCCUAAUUCGCACCGCGAUGCGCUGAUUCAAGCCUUUCCGCAAGAGCCUCACAGACAUCGACUUUCCUCCAGAUACGCAAGAGACGCAGAUAGACACGCGCAGACUAUGGCCCUCAACUUGCGCCUGCGGGUCGUGAUUCCCAUCGUCGCCCUCAUCGCCCUCGCUGCCGUCCUCGUUCGCUUCCACGAGAGCAUCGCCAAUACCGACUCGCUCUUCAGCCUCCCUUACCACGCAAAGACCGCGGAUGGCGAGCACCCGUCGUUGUCGUCGUCGUCGUCGUCGUCGUCGUCGCCAGACUCUCCGAUAAAGGCGGAUCCGAAUCCGAAACCCAAGCCGAACCCCAAACCCCUUUCCGAACAGACGCCCGUUUACAAACCCGCGCCGAAAUACACCCCGCCGCCCGUCAUCGACCCCUUUCCGCUCCUCGCCAACACCGAUUCCCCGCCGCCCCCGAUCCCCGCACACAAUGUGCCCCGGCCCGACCUCCACAAAACCUACGGCCUCGACCGCCCGCCGCCGCUGUUCAUCGGCUUCUCGCGGCAGUGGCCCAUCCUGCUCCAGUGCGUCGUCAGCUACAUCACCGCCGGCUGGCCCGCCUCGGGCAUCUACGUCCUAGAGAACACGGGCGUGCAGUUUGCCAACGCCCGCGGCAACCUCACGCUGCAGAACCCCUUUUACCUCAACCACACCACCCUACGCCGCCUCGGCGUCAACGUCCUGCAGGCCCCGGCCCUGCUCUCCUUCUCGCAGAUGCAGAACACCUUUCUCCACGAGGCCCAUGCCAACGGCUGGCCCUACUACUUCUACUCCCACCAGGACGUCCUCGUCUUCUCCUUUGAGGACGGGCCUGACGACCGUCACCGCCCCGGCGACCGCGCCUGGGAGUACUACGACGACGCCGACCGCGAUGAGGGCGCCCGACCCGCCGCCGCGGGGCAGCCGGGCUACCGCACCAUAUACGAGAACUGCCUGCGCGAUCUAAACACGACGCUGGCGAGGGGCGAGCGCUGGGGCUUCCGCUGGUACCAGUACGACCACCUGACGCUCGUGAACCGCGACGCCAUGGACGCCAUCGGGGGCUGGGACUCCUUGAUCCCCUACUACGCGACCGACUGCGACAUGAACGCCCGGCUGACCAUGGACGGCUGGUCCAUGAAGCACCGACGGGCCGGGCUGAUCAACGACGUUUCGACCCACCUCGAAGACCUGGCCGUGCUCUACAGGGUCCCGGGCACGAAACCCAGAUUUGUCGACCCGAACCCUCCUCCCCCUCCCGCGCCCGAUAGAAGGUCCGACAACGAAGGGCGGGAUGAAGCGAAGCGGCCGACAAACGUCACAGCCACGCCCGCCGACGCAGACUACUUCCGCGCGGUCGUCGACGUCGGCUUCGACAUGACCAACUACAAGUACCGCGACAGUGACCACAACCGCAACUCGUGGCAGAAGAGCCAGCACGGCGGCGCGGGCGAGCCCUACUACUACGACCCGGAGGGCUUCGCCGAGGCCUUUGAGGUGCUCGUCGGCGCGGGCCGCAAGAUCUUCGAGCUCAAGUGGGGCCGCGGCGGGUGCGACAUCGCCGAGGGCUACGGCCUGAAGAUCGAGGACCAGUGGCGCGUCAUGCCCGCCAAGAAGAAGGACGGCUGAAGGACGGCCAAACAAAAGGAUGGAGGGGGAUGAGAGAGAGACGUAUGAGUCGUGAUACCCGGUGCACAUGAUCUUGACGGCCGUUUGCCACCAAGUGCAUGAGUUAGAAUCCUGUUUUUUGUCUCUUUUGUUUUUCCCAUGACACCACGCGCACGAGUCAGUAUCUGUCUAUCGAC